ACAGCUAGCAUUCCUGAGACUAAUGGGCGAGGCACUCACUGUGCUGCUACCCAGCCGGUCCAGAUAUACAUCUAGUCCACCCCUGAGACAAGUAAACCAGGUGCCUCCAAGACAGAAGGAAACACUGCUGGAGGUUGCAAAAGGACCAGUUGAAGAUGGGAGGCCGGUUCUGCGUCAUGCUGCUGCUGCUGGCGGUUGGGGCUCAAGGGCUGAUGCGGAUCCCAUUGCAGAAGUUCCCCUCAGUCCGAAGCCGGUUUGGCCGCUCAGGCCUCCCCAUCGCUGACUUGUUAAGACGAGGAAGAGUUAGGUCUGGAACGCCCUCAGAAGAAGGUUCUGUCGCCCGUCAACGCCUGCACAACUACAUGGAUGCACAAUACUAUGGGCAGGUCUGCAUUGGAACCCCACAGCAGUGCUUCAAUGUUGUCUUCGAUACUGGUUCGUCAAAUUUGUGGGUGCCCUCCUCCAAAUGUUGCCUGUUUCACCUGGCAUGCUGGGUACACAGUCACUACCGGGGCUUUUUCUCCUUGACUCACAAGGCCAACAAGUCCAAAUUUGCCAUUCACUAUGGAAGCGGGAGUCUCAAAGGAUUCUUGAGCCAGGAUGUUCUGAGGAUUGGCAACUUGACCAUUCAGAACCAGACAUUUGCUGAGGCUACAGAUCUGCCAGGUUUGGUUUUUGUAGCUGCAAAGUUUGAUGGCAUCAUGGGGCUGGGGUAUCCCAGCAUCUCAGUCAACAAUAUCACCCCACCCUUUGAUAACAUGAUGAAGAAUAAGCUGCUUAAGAAGAACGUCUUCUCCUUCCAUCUCUGCAACACUGAAAGCGGCUACGAAAACAACGGUGGCGAAGUGUUUUUCGGAGAUAUCAACCACGACGCCUAUGAAGGGAAGCUCCACUACAUCCCAGUGUCACGCAAGGCUUACUGGCAGAUCAAGAUAGACAAGAUAACUGUGGAGAAGCAAUCCAAGAGUGAAAAAUGUUGGCCGUGGAGGCUGUUUGACAAGGACAAUUCAACGAAGUUGUGCAAGGACAGUUGCCAAGGCAUUGUGGACACUGGCACUUCUCUUAUCACAGGGUCUAGUGAUGAAAUCAAAGAGUUGCAGAAGGCCAUUGGGGCUGAACAUAUCAUGGGAGGGCAGUAUGCAAUAGAUUGCAGUAAACUUCCUGAGCUACCAAACGUGACUUUUCAUCUUGGUGGAAAGCCCUUCACUCUGACACCAAAGGACUACGUUCUCCAGAUAAGCCAAGGAGGAGUGACUGUCUGCCUCAGCGGCUUCAUGAGUCUUGACAUCCCUAAGCCCGUCGGACCACUCUGGAUCCUGGGUGACGUUUUCCUCCGGCGCUUUUACUCAGUCUUUGACCGAGAUCAUGACCAAGUUGGCUUAGCUGUCUCCAAACAAACCAUAUGCGGUGCGACUACAGCUGCAGUAGCAGCUACACCGGCUCCAGAGGUCACGACUCCAGCUGCAGCCACCACGACCUCCCAUCUGACAGGAUGUUAGCUGUCCAAUGUUCCAAGUGCUGAACUCAGGAGCACAGCAGGGUUGAGAAGUGGGGUGUGUGUAUUUCCAUAGCAGCAGGGGUGGGGUUCCAUAGCACUGGAUUUGCAGUUGCCCUAUUUCUCAGAACAGCUCCUCUUUUUUUAAAAAAAAAUACAAGUUUCUAAUCCUCAUGGUGGCAGAGGAAAAGAUGAUGCACCUUGGCAACUCCCCUUUGAACUUCAAAUACACUGCUGUGUAUAUCAGGUGUGCAGGGCUUCUCCCACCGAGUUCUCCUCUUCCAUCCUCCUCCCCAGCUUGCUGGUCCUAUGCAUGUCUACUCAGAAGUAAUUCAGCUGAUGUCAGAGGAACUUUCUUCCAAGUAAGUGUGGCUGGGAUUGCAGCUUUUAGAGUCCUGUUUGCUACAGCAAAUGCAGGAAGCCACAGACAAUGGGAUCAACAAGCUGGUGGGGGAUAAUGCUUUCUUCAUGUGACUUGAUAGCUCACGGCUUGAUGAGUCACGCCUGGAUAUUUAAGGUGAUGUAACAUUCUGAGCCCAUAGCACAGGCUUUGUGCUCAGAAGGUCCCAGAUUCAGUCUCUGGCAUGCCUAGCAAAAAGAGAUCUAGGUUAUCAGGACUAUGUUACCAGAUCUGCAAGUGUGUCUGUAUGCAUGCAUGCACAUGCAAACAUGUAUCCUACAUGCGUACUCACAGAAAAGGUAAUUUUGUGCAAUUAGCAAUGCUACCCUUGGGAACUGUACUGGAGACAAUUGUGUGCGGGCACAGACACACAGAAGUGCUUUGCUUUCGUUAGCACCGAUUUAGCGGUGACCAAUAAGAAUUCAGUAUUAGUGUGCUUGCUCCUGAGAUAUUAACAUUUGUAAUAUAAGUAGUGCAAAUAUUGCAAUGCAUAAAAGAAUAAAAGUCUGGAAGGAAAUAAAACACCGAUAUAAAAAUGAUUUUAGAAGCCACCAUCAUUUCAGAAGCUUGAAAUGCCGCUACAGAGACUUACAGGACAGAAAGGGAUAAUAAUGCUGGCGGUGGCUGAUGGGAGAUGUAUCCCAAAACAUCCUUGGGGAAGGCUGCCCUUGUAGGUAAUGCCUUCCUUUCUCCUUCAUGAGGAUGCUUCCUAAGCCCUUGUGCAUUUUGAAAUGAAGAUGAAAUGCUUAUGCUUAGAAUCAAAGGUAACAUGGGAAGGUGCUUGGAUUUGCUUUGCCAGGAGCAGCACUAGGGACUGAUGAGGGGAGGGAGAGAGGCUUUCACUCUCUCAAUGAGUACUGCAGCACUCCUCCCAGGCCCCCACUUGCUGUGGCAUGCCAGCCUAUCCUGGCUGCAGCACCCAUCAGUAUUUGCCCCCUGAAUCUCAGCCGUUCCAUUAUCAAGUUCCCAUGCCUCGCUUCCACAGCUGCUGGGAAUGCGUGGACCAGGCCCGUAAGUGGCUCAUAGCAUGAUGGAGAGGUUGCAUGUCCAUCUCCAUGUGGAGAUGGUGGCAAGUCCCUCUGGACAUUACAGAAGGACAGACAGGGUGGCUUGUUUCUCCAUGAUGUCAAUGUGCGCUUCCCAAGUUGGACUGAUAACAUUCUUAACAAUUCUUGCAACUUUUAAGACUCUUGCCCUGACAUAGCAUCUCACGUCCCAAGCAAAGUCAGAGUUCUUCUAGCUAAGUUAGCCUACUAAGCUUUUGUGUUUGUUUCCUAAUAUUUCUACAGUAGUUGUGUUCCUGUUCUGUUUCCCAGCCCCACAAAUAAACACGCUUUGUUUAAGAAA